AUGCCGGUAAUACACGGUCAGAAGAUGGCCUGCGAGCCAUGCAUACGCGGCCACAGAUCAACCAAGUGCAACCAUGGCGGUGAGCGCUUGUUGGUGCCAGUUCGAAAACCGGGCCGGCCUCUUAGUACCUGUCCACACCCUCCCGGAAAUGCUUGUGCAUGCGGAGGCGUUACUGCUGCAAUUCCUAGACGGGGUAAAUGCGCAUGUCCAAGCAGUGGUCCGGGAAGUGCACAAAACCCGGUGAAAGUGGAACCUCCGGCUUCUGAUGGCACGCCGCUCUCACCAGCCAAGUCGUCCUUCCGAGUUUCCAAGGCGGUCCCGAAGGCGACGCGGAAACAGUCAUAUGACCCUUCGAACCUGGGUCGCAUGGAUGCUAGCAACUUCAAUGUCAUGGGCUCGUACGGACCGAUGCCCGGCCAGCCGCGCCCCGGAGUGGCGACCAUCGAUGCAGUCACUUCCACUUACGCACCCCAAUUUACGAAUGGAUAUGAGCAUGCCCCUGAGCCUGUGUUCCACAACCCAGGACCAUUCCAGAUGUCCGCUCCAGUAGCCAAUGGCUCUGACCGACCCAGACCUACCAUCAACACCGAGCUCCCUCUGAGAUUAGAGGGACCAACCGAUAGAUCACCUACAACGUCAACGAAUGGGACCAGAACAUCCAGCUGCUGCUCUGGCAUAUCGGCCGCGUCCGGUGCAUCCAGCGUAGCUCGCCACACUCCGACGUCGAGUUCAGGGUCGAUAUCCCACGAACUGGCACCGACGAAGCCUGCUGGCGGCUGUUGUGCACCAAAGGUGGACAGCGAAGAAAGCUCACCGUUCAACAGCUUCGGAGCUCCCGUGCAACCCGGUAACGGCACCAGCAUGAUGGAGCAGUAUCCGAUGAGCAUGAAUGGGCAGAUAUAUGCGGCUAAUUACCAACAGGCAACCAUCUUCUCGUACCCUGCAUCGUAUGGAACCUAUCUUCAUCCCCUGCAGGCUUCGCAAUGGCAAGCUAUGGCGGCAGCACUUGACUACCCAUCGCCAUCCUCGUCGUCCAUUGCGUAUCCAGUCUCACAACCCAUAGCCAUGGAUCACACUGGUUUCGAUACACCGGGCACAAUUCAUGAAUGUGGAUGCGGUCCGAACUGUAGUUGUAUUGGAUGCGCGGCUCACCCGUACAAUGCGGCAACCCGGGAAUACGUCAGCAGCGCACUGAAGUACCAGAACAUGGACGGAACGGCGACCUUUGACCCCAUAAUAAGUGGUCAAGAAGUACAUUCCCAGUCCCCUGUUGACGAGUCAUCUCCGGGCCAUUCGGACACAACUUCGGCAGUGAGCGGCGAGGAUCAGACAUAUUCAGAGGAGGACUACUUCUUCGUCAAGUAUUCUACCGAGGAAGACUGUCAGGGGCAGGAGGCCUCGUGCCCGUGUGGAGACGAGUGUGCGUGCACCGGCUGCCUUACUCACGGCAAUAACAACCUUCCUGCUUAA